AUGCAUUUCCUGUCAAAAGAGGAUAAAAUGGUUGUCACGAUGCGCUUAUGUAAGAACCAACAGGAGUUGUCAAUGUUUUUCAGCCUGUCCAUGGAAGAUAAAGCUAUCAUGGGGAUGGACAACAUGGAUGUUGACGGUGACAGUCCUCAUUUCUUCAAGGCUGUUCAGUUUCGUACGCUCCAUACCAUGGCAUUUCCGCCAGCAACACACCACCAUUACCAUGGUGUGGUGCUGCCACAACGGUGCAGAUUCGAGACUAUUGAGGGUCGUAAAUAUGAGGCGACAUUGGAUAUGGUCAACAACUGCCCGACAUUAACGGAUGGCUGGAGAGAUUUCAUUCUUCAAGAAGACAUAACCCUAUGCUACUUUUUGGGGUGA